AUGUUUCAUGUCUUACUCCUCAUAAUUGCCAAAAUACUUGAUACACUAUAUAGCUCGUUUGUAUUUGAGGUAGAGAGUAUAAGCAACAAUGGCUCCACCUCAAUCAUAACAAAUAGGAGAGGUAAUUCUUCAGAUAAUAUAACUGACGAAGACAAUGAUGAUGAACCACCAUUAAGCAAACAACACUCCAAGAGAGAACACAUUACAUUUCAAACUCCUUCCUCUACACCAUCAUCGGAUCUGAAUCCAAUCAGCAAACCUUCAAAUCAUCCAUUAAGGCGAAUGAGUAAUUUGUUCUUCUUCAACAAUGACUCUAUAGAUACUAGGCUUGAUGAAUUAAUAGAUGAUGAUUCAAUAUUAUGGAGGAAGAGAGCCAUAUCGGCGCCCUCUGAUGUUUUGCCCAGCCCCUCAAACUCACCAGAAAGUAACACUAACAAUGAGCAAAAUGAUAAUAUGAUUUUAAUUGAGGACACUCAUAAACAAUUAUCAACAUUGAACGAAGAACAAUAUAGCGAACAACAACAACCAAUUUUGACCACGAACGAUGAGGCUCAACCAGCAAUGAACAUUAUAGAAGAGCAUUCUAGUAACAAUUCAAAGAGAAGAGGAUUCCUUACCAAAUCAUCUUCCACAAAUACACCUCCUCAAAGAACAAAGCAAAAAACCUCCCCUACUACCAAUGGAUCAUCAUUUACUCCACCUCCUCUGGGAAAAGGCAAUUCUUUUGUAGAGCUUCGAAAGCAAUUAACAGAGUUUGAAUUUCCAAAGAAAAAAUCAGAGGAUUAA